AUGCCUGCGGCUGGACCAACUGUUCCGCAGGUCGCAUCCCCUUCCUUUGCGACUGAUUUAGAUGGAAUGGAGGCUGUUGCUUCUAUUGGGCAAUCAUUCCAGAAUAAAGAUGAAGCUGUUCUGAGUGUGAAGGACUAUAGCAUUCGUCGAGGUGUUGAGUACAGAGUCUUGGAAUCCGAUCAUCUAAAGUAUCAUGGAAAAUGUAAGGAGUUCGGCAAUGGUUGUAGUUGGUUGAUUCGCAUAUCGCUUCGUGCACGAAAGAGCACUUGGGAGGUUAGGAGAUACAACGGUCCGCACACUUGCUUGGCCACCUCUAUUUCCAGUGAUCACUGGCAGCUUGAUUACCACAUUAUCUGUGCGAGGAUUUAUCCGUUUGUUAGGGCGGAUGCUGCGUUUUUGGUAAAGGUCUUGCAACAAGCAACAAAAGCCAAUUACGGGUUCAGGCCUAGUUACAUGAAGGUUUGGAUGGCAAAAUCGAAGGCAGUAGCACAAAUAUACGGAGAUUGGGAAGAGUCAUAUGCCGAGUUGCCAUGUUGGAUGCUAGGGGUACAGUCGACCAUGGCCGGGACAGUUACAGUGUUGAAGACCUCUCCUGUUCGAGUUGGGGAUCAGGUCGAUGUGUCUACGGUGUACUUUCAUCGUCUUUUCUGGACAUUUUCACCCUGCAUUGAGGCCUUAUGGCAUUACAAGCCCCUGGUGAGUAUUGAUGGUACCCACUUGUAUGGCAAGUAUGGAGGCACGUUACUAUUGGCGAUAGCGCAUGAUGGGAACUCGAACAUCCUCCCGAUAGCCUUCGCCCUUGUGGAGAGAGAAAAUGCGGAGUCAUGGCACAAUGGCAUCAAGGCUACCUUUGAGGCCCUCAAGAAUGGUUGGCUGCCUCCACGUGCUUUUCGAGCGUUCUGUAUUCGUCAUGUGGCGGCGAAUUUUAGCCUAAGCUUCAAAUGUAAAGAUGCAAAGAGGAUGCUGGUGAAUGCUGCCUAUGCAAAAAGCUGA